UGCAUUGCUAGGCGGAGCUGCAACUUUGAGCGAAACUUCUGAGUUACAACUGGAACGGAGACGCUGACUGGAAUUAAAAAGACUUUUACAGGUGAGGGAGUAAACUAUUUGCGGAUUUUACUUGGUAGCUGUGUUCAGAGGUAAAAGAAGACGGACUCCCAUUCCUUUGUUUUUACCCGACAAAACUAUUCAUUGAAAUAGGGAAAGAAGAACUACUUGGAAAUUGUUCAUGAAAGGAAAAACGAUAGAGGCAAAAGAAAAGGUCCAUCGGAGUUGAGGACCAGAGGAGCCCGAAACAAGGCAGAGAAAUCCUUGCUCCAGGUGUCCCUGUGUGAAAUGAGAGUGCAGCGGGCGUGUCCGGGUCAGUGAGAGGUCAGAGCGUCUGGAGGGACAGCAUGCGGGUCUGAGUGCAGCCCGGAUCCAGCGGCCGGGAGGGAGCCAGCGGCCUGGCCUCGGUCCCCGCGGAGGCAUGCUCCGCUGCUGAGGGACCAUGACCAGCUUGAAGCGUUCGCAGACCGAGCGGAGCGUCGGGGGGUCGGUCCCCGCCACCGACGAGUUCUACACCCGCCGCCUGCCCAACGGCGGGGCCCCGCCCUCCCGCAGCGAGAGCGCCCACCUCUCCGCCGGCGCGCCGGGCGUGCCCAAAAUGGGGGUCCGGGCGCGCGUGGCCGACUGGCCCCCCAGGAAGGACGGCGGGGCCGUGUGGCACGUGGCCUUGGACAUGGACACCCCGAGCCCCGUCCCUGGCACGGGACAGGCCAACCCGUCCAACAGACUGGGCCACCUGAUGAGCCCGCAGGACUCCAACAUGCUACGCAACAUCCACAACACCCUCAAAAGCAAGGCCCAGGCCGCGGCCGCUGAGGCCUCCACGGGCCACGACAGCCGAUACCUGUCCCCCGACGACCAGCGAGGCUCCUCCCGCAGGGCCCCGCGACGGAACCGCCAGCGCAGCAACAGCGACAUCACCCUCAGCGAGCUCGACGGAGGCAGCGACGGCGGGGAGGACUGGGGCUCCCCCGGGUGCAAGUGGUCCCCCAUCCACCGGGAGUACGGCAGCACGUCCUCCAUCGACAAGCACGGCCCCUCCGGGGAGAGCUUCUUCGACAUGCUCAAAGGCUACCAGGGCGACAAGCCCGACCAGCGCAGCCCGGCCCCCGACCGGCUGGGCGACCUGCUGACCAUCAGCCACAAGCAGGCGGCGUACGACCUGCCGGACGGGCCCGCGGGGGGGCGCCGGAGCAGCCCCUCCAGCCGCCUGAAGGAGCGAGACAAGCCCCUGAAGAGACGGUCGAAAUCGGAGACGGGCGGCGACUCCAUAUUCCGGAAGUUGCGGAGCGGCAGGGCGGAGGGCGACUCCUCCCGGGCGGGGUCCGACGCGGAGGACGGGCGGUCGGAAGACGGGGGGCCCCCUCCCAAACCCUGGGCCUGCCAGAAGGGCUUCGCCCACUUCGACGUGCAGAGCAUCAUGUUCGACCUGAACGAGGUGGCGCACAGCCGGCAGACCUCGGCCAAACUGAGGAACACCACCACGGGGGCCUCGGCCGCCGCGGCUGCCUCUGCCUCCUCCUCGCUCUCCUCCACCCACAGCGCCCCCUACAGCUCGCCCUGUGGCAGCCAGGAGGAGCUCAGCGCCAAGGACGGCGCGGGGCUGGACGCCGGCGACGACAAGUGCAACGAGCUGGUGCUCAACUGCCCCUGCUUCCGCAACGAGAUCGGGGGCGAGGGCGAGCGCAAGAUCAGCCUGUCCAAGCUGGGCAGCAUCGGCAGCGGGGGCUCCGCCGCCCUGGGGGCUGAUGGGAACCCCUUCGAGUCGUCUCUCAGCACCCACUGCACCAACGCCGGCGUGGCCGUGCUGGAGGUGCCCAAGGACAGCCAGGGCAUGCACAUGGACCGGGGCAAGCGCUACAUCGUGGAACACGUCGACCUGGGGGCCUAUUACUACAGGAAGUACUUCUACCUGAGAGAGCACUGGAACUACUUUGGGGUGGACGAGACUCUGGGCCCCGUGGCAGUCAGCCUGCGCAGGGAGAAACUGGACGACCACAAGGACCACGGCCCGCAGUACAACUACCGGGUCAUCUUCCGCACCAGCGAGCUGACCACGUUGAGGGGCUCCAUUCUGGAGGACGGCGUGCCCUCCACCUCCAAACACGGCUCGGCCCGCGGGCUGCCCCUGAAGGAGGUGCUGGAGUACCUGGUGCCCGAGCUCAGCGCACACUGCCUGCGGCUCGCCCUCAACACGCCCAAGGUCACCGAGCAGCUGAUGAAGCUGGACGAGCAGGGGCUGAGCUUCCAGCUGAAGGUGGGGAUGAUGUACUGCCAGGCUGGCCAGAGCAGCGAGGAGGAGAUGUACAACAACGAGGCGGCUGGCCCCGCCCUGGAGGAGUUCCUGCAGCUGCUGGGGGAGCGCGUGCGGCUCAAGGGCUUCGCCAAGUACCGCGCCCAGCUGGACACCAAGACGGAUUCCACCGGAACCCACUCGCUGUACACCAACUACAAGGACUAUGAGAUCAUGUUCCACGUGUCCACUAUGCUACCCUACACUCCCAACAACAAGCAACAGUUGCUAAGGAAACGGCACAUCGGGAACGACAUCGUGACCAUCGUGUUCCAGGAACCAGGAGCACUGCCCUUCACGCCCAAAAAUAUCCGCUCGCAUUUCCAGCACGUCUUUGUCAUUGUGCGUGUGCACAACCCCUGCUCCGACAACACCUGCUACAGCGUGGCUGUCGCUCGGUCCAGAGACGUGCCCUCUUUCGGGCCCCCCAUCCCCAAGGGCGUGACCUUCCCCAAGUCCACCGUCUUCCGGGACUUUCUGCUGGCCAAGGUGAUCAACGCGGAGAACGCCGCCCACAAGUCGGAGAAGUUCCGCGCCAUGGCGACGCGCACGCGGCAGGAGUACCUGCGCGACCUGGCGGAGCGUCACGUGACCAGCACCCCCAUCGACCCCUCGGGCAAGUUCCCCUUCAUCUCGCUGGCGCACAAGCGCAAGGAGAAGACGCGGCCCUACACGGGGGCCGAGCUCCGCAGCCUGGGCGCCAUCACCUGGGCCGUCCACGUGGAGGACCACAGCGCCGGGGCGGAGCUGGAGGGUCUGCUGGCCGUCUCCAACGAGCUCCUGGUGCUCCUGGACCAGGAGGCCAAGGCCGUGGUGUUCAACUGCUCCGUCCGCGACGUCAUCGGCUGGACCCUGGGCAGCCCGGCGUCCAUGAAGAUCUUCUACGAGCGGGGCGAGUGCGUGUCCCUGCGCUCCGUCAACAACAACACUGAGGACUUCCGCGACAUCGUCAAGCGCCUGGAGCUCCUGACGAAAGGUUGCGAGACCACGGAGAUGACCCUGCGGAGGAACGGGCUGGGCCAGCUGGGCUUCCACGUCAACUACGAGGGCAUCGUGGCGGAGGUGGAGCCCUACGGCUACGCCUGGCAGGCGGGGCUGCGGCAGGGCAGCCGUCUGGUGGAGAUCUGCAAGGUGGCCGUGGCCACGCUGUCCCACGAGCAGAUGAUCGACCUGCUGCGCACCUCCGUCACCGUCAGGGUGGUGAUCAUCCCGCCACACGAGGACUCCACGCCCCGCAGGGGCUGCUCGGAGCUCUUCCGCCUGCCCGUGGUGGAGUAUAAGAACAACACAGACGGCGUCCCCUUCGAGUACAAGUUCCCCUUCCGCAACAACAACAGCAAGUGGCAGCGCAGCCCGGCCGGCUCCCAGCAGCCCCUCUCCGCCUCCCCCCAGGGCCCCGGGGCCAGAGCCGUCAGCCUGGGGGGCAGCAUCGGCAAGGCCCCUCCCUCCGACAGGGCCGCCGCCAUCCCCCGCAGCGUGUCCAGCGACGGGCGCCCCCUCGACCCCAAAAGGUUCUCCCCCGGCUCUGAUAACUACGCGCUGGCCUCCUCCAUCGUGAUUGGCCGCUCCGGGCACAACCGUAACUCUCCCAGCAUCCUCUCCUACAGCGACAUGGGCCCCGUCAGCUCCGCCCACUGGAGGCAAAAGUCCAUGCCUGAGGGGUUCGGGGGAAACAGGAACUCCCCGCUGCCCGCGGACAGGCAGAGCGCCGGGGAAGGGGGCGGCAGCAGCGGAAAGUCCACGCCCAAUCGGCCGAGGGCUGAGGAAGGGGGCGUGGCCGGGGGCGGAGCCGACAGAACUCCUGCGGAGCCCCAGGUCGCCAAGCCUGCUGUGGCCCAACCCAGUGUACCUCGCAUUCACAGACAAGAGCAGGUCAUCCAUCUGUCCCCGAAUAAGAACAACCAGGCGGAGACGCCCUACUCCAGCCACUCCAGCAGCAACACGCUGUCCAGCACGGCGUCCAGCAGCGCCCACAGUGACGAGAAGUGGUACGAGAUCGGGGGCGGCGCGGGCGAGCGGCCCGACUCGGAGGUCAACGGCUUCGCCGCCGGCUACCUGCAGGGCGUGUCGGCGGACAGCGGCAUCGACGCCACCUCCUACGGGGCCCCGCUCGGCGGCUCGGGCCCCCUGCCCGCGGCUGGCCCGUCGGGCCCCAGGGACAAAGCCGCGUCCCCCUGGCGCAACCCUGAGGAAGGGGCCCGGGAGAGGUCCCCCCCGCCCGCCGAGUCCCCUGUACCACCCGGGAGCGCAGAGGGCCCCGCCAAGAGCCCCUCCGUGUACCCCCUGGGCCGAGACGGCAGCUCCUACAGCCUCAGCGACGCCGCCUCCCACUCCAGCACCCUCAGCUCCAGGCACUCUGCGAGUCCGGUGGUCCUGAGCUCCAGCCGAAGCUCCCCUCGGGACGAGUCGCCCUCCGCCACCUCGCCAACCUCCCAGACCUCGCUCUCUCCCGGGCCCAAGUCCUUCUACCCUCGCCAGGGCGCCACCAGCAAAUACCUGAUUGGCUGGAGGAAACCGGGGAGCAGCAUCAACUCCGUGGGCUUCGGAGAGACUCGCAAGAGGCACCAGAGCGAUGGGCCGGAGUGCAGGCAGCCCCAGCUCACAGCCACCAUGAGGGACCUGCAGUCCCCACAGCGCCUCACCAAGUCCACCGUGGAGGAGGACCUGAAGAAGCUCAUCGCCCUGGACAGCCCCCCGCCCGUCAGCAACGAGCACAAGCCCUCCUUCUCUAGCUCCGCCCCGAGCCGGCGCUCGCUGCACCGCACCCUAUCGGACGAGAGCAUCUACAGCGGGCAGCGUGACCCGUCGUUCAGGGCGGAGCCCGCCCUGCCCAGCGAGGCUCUCUUCAGCUGCUCCACCGUGCCUCGCUCGCCCACGGUCCGGAACAUACCGCUGCGCCGGCCCAACUACGCCCUGGGAGCCAAGCUGCACGGCGACCUCUCGGCCUCGGACACCUCCCUGUCGGAGCUGCAGGACAGGCAGAGGCAGCCGCUGCAGGACCCGGGGCUCAUGCCCCUCCCGGACACAGACGACAGCGGCCUGGACUGGUGCCACCUAGUGGACGCAGCCAAGGCCUUUGAGGUCCAGAGAGCCUCCCUCUUAGCUGUUACAGAUGUGAACCACAGGCCAGAGAGUGUGGACUCCAACUCCCAGCAUGCCGAGCCCCAGGCCAGCCCGCAGCCCCGCCCCUCCCUUGGUGAGGUCCCUGCAGGUCUGAUGGGGAAGGUCAGUCAGCUGGAGUCCAUGGUGAGGCUGCUGCAGGAGGAUCUGAAGAAGGAAAAGGAGGACAAGACCAUGCUGCAGGCCCAGAUCCAGAGCCUGAGGGAAGACAACCAGAGGCUGCAGGAGGAGUCCCAGAACGCCUCAGCCAAGCUGAAGAAGUUCACGGAGUGGGUCUUCAACACCAUCGACAUGAACUGAGCCGGCUUCGCCCGCCAUAUCCUCCUCCUCCCCCCCCUCCUCCUCCUCCUCCUUCUGAGGGACCAGCGUACGCCUGAAGACAUUCCAGCCAUCCCCGGUUACCACGGCUCGUUCAGCCUCCCCCCUUCCCUUCCUUCCGACGAGGAGUCUGCCCCGGUCUGCCGGUCGCACCAGGCCGACCCUGACCCCACCCCCGCCCUCCAACUCCGUUUCUUAAUUUCCUGUUGUUGUUUGAAGGACCGUUCUGCGGGAGACCUCCGCUGUCCUCCCGCCGUUGUCAUUCCUCACGUGUGCAGCCCGUUCCCGGGCAGAUGGUAUCGGCGGUGUUAAAGCGAUACCCGCUCUGUUACUCCUGGUGCCUGUGCAGCUGGGGCGGUAGGUGCGCUCGCUCUCUCGCGGGUGUAGCAGGGCGAGCGGGGCUCCGAACCGCUCCCCAUCUGCCGUUAUCGCUUUGAGAACCGCACGGUUGCAGAUGAGACGAGGUCCGUCGGGUCCUGGUGCGGACAGAUGUUCGGGAACGACCUAGUCGACGGUCAGAAGCGAAAGGGGGGGUGUCUUUCCUCUUCUCGCCCAGACUGGCUUACUCUCCGAUAAAACGGGCAGUUGGCUUGUCCGUACACGCCUGACAACCUCCCCCGCGUCCACAGCCUCUGGGUUCCAGCAACAUUUUAAAUACGGUUUAUUAAUGUAUAUUUGUUUUAGCGAUCGAUCCACAUGAACGCGAGAAAUACGCAAAGCGCUUUCUGAGACGUGCUUGAAGGGGACUGAAUGGGAGAGAUGUUUUGGCUAACCUCAAACCCCAAUGCGUCUUUUUGUUGGGGUGACUUGGCCAGUGCGAGUGCUACAGUGGCUGAAAUGUCUGGUGUGUAAUGGAUAAUAUUUCCCAGAAUGCCUUUGGCUUCUCAAGCAGCGUGUUAAUAUUUCGGUUCAUAUUUCAUUUUGAAGUGAGGGAAAAAAAUACAUUGUUUGGAGUGCCAUAACAUGUUAAUAAGCAAGUGUUUGUAGGUCAUUGAAUAGUACAAAUCUUUCAAAGCAAGAGAAAUGAGCUUCUAGUUUUUGUUUUUUUGUUAAGUAAAAAAGGAAAGUUAGAGUCCUUUGUUAAAUACUUACGUUGUGCUCGUUUCUAAUAAAACGGUUGACCACUUCAAAUAAAGUGAUCUGACACCAUGAGUUUGUGAAAUCAUGUACUGAAGUGACUGAGGCUAGUCAUCCUUUGUCCUAAUAACUUUUGGAAUAUGCAUUUAAAAUAUAUGGGAAAUUGAUAUGUGGAGUUUAGUUUGGUUAAUUUAUUUUUCUAAUAAUAGAAAAUAUGCACACAACAUAAUGUGUAAAGUUACAGCAUAUAGGUUAUAUAAUGUAGGAAGACCAUUCCUAUGACUAAAGUAACCUUUCUGGUGUUAUUUCAUCACUGUUAUUGUGCUAAUGCCUGCUAUGUUUUUAUUGUCUUAAAAGAUUGCAGUCUUUGUGCCAUUUUAUAUCUUUCUUUAGCUACAGUGCCAUCUAUUGGUCUAAACGAUAUAAGACUGAAGAAAUCAAUCUUUCUAAUACAAAUCACAAACGCAUUCACAAACCACAGGUGGUCAUAUAUAUUUUUGAACUGGCCUUUAAUUUGUCGAGCCAGCUCCGAACUGAAUGUUAUGACAGCGAAGGAAUAACGUGCUUAUGUGUAUGACCGUGAAGUAGGCUUAUUUACUCUAGAGCAGGUCACGUUCUGGCUGCUAGCCACGAGGGAGCUAUCGCCGCUACGCUGUAACUGCAGGGUGAGAAAAUGGUAUUGUCCUUUUGAAAGAUGAGUCCCCUUUCUGGGGUUAAAAUGCAAAUGGCGUAGUAUGUUAUGCGCAGCAAAACCAUGGUUGACCACCAGCGCCUUGCUCCCCAGAGGAUGCGGCUGCUUCAGCGAACGAUGGGCCACAGCUUGCCGUUUCUUCACGAAGCGGCCAUUACGCGUUGUGCUGACGCAGAGAACAGCCAGGUUGGGCAGCGGAAGAAAGGAGGGAGAGACUGUGUACUCAGGGGGGGGGAUGAUUCAUCGUACAAGCCAGCAGUACGAUGUCCUUCAAUACAUCUUCGAGACAAACAAGUCUUCUGCAGAGUGAAGACGUAGCUGUUCCUGUCGUACCUGAAUAUAAUGAAAAAAUGUUUUUGAGGUCAUAGACCAAAUAUGUAUGUAAGCCUAUCAUUUCUGACUAGUGGGGAAAUUAAUACCGUAGUCAGUAGAUGAUUGAUUUUCAAUUGGCUGUAAUAAUCUAGACUGCUUUCUUAGGCGAGACGAAUUGUAGAAGAGGCGAAGCUUGUACGUUUGUGCACUUUCAGCAUAGACUGCAGCAUCCACCAGUACGGCGAUUAGAAUUCCAGUUACAACGGAUCAUAUUGGGCAGAGAAAAGACCAGGCUGUUUUAAGCGAGGCUGUGAUUAUUGGUUCUAUUCUAGGAAUCGUUUGAAGUUUUUAAAAAAUAUUAUUAUUAUUAUUAUUAUUAUUAUAAA